AUGGAUUUUGAAGGCUCUACGGGACUCGACCACCCAGGAGAAAAGAAGGUUGUAUAUAGUAACACUAUAGAUGAGACUUCCGAAGAACGUCGACGAAGGCUUAAUCGUGAACAACAACAGCGUUAUUAUAAAAACAAAAGAAAUAUGGAUUCUGAAGGCUUUAUGGAUCUUGAUCAAUCAGGAGAAUAUGCAAAAAAUAUGGAUUCUGAAGGCUCUACGGGACUUGACCAAUUUUUAGAUCCAAGUUUUAGCAUUACCUCAGAAGAUAACGUGACUACCCCCACUGAGCAAGAAGUAGUUAUUCCUCUGACUACUGUUCCUCUAAAAACAUUAAAAACACGUAUUAUCCAUGGUCUUCACAAGGAAUUACCAUAUCCUCUCAACACUCUUCUUACUAGAACAGAUCCAAGUGCACGUUUAUUUAGGAAAAAUAUUAGGUUGUAUAAUUCAGCUUUGACUUUUACGUCUAUGGGUGCAAAGGUUGAUCAUAGUAUAACAGGAACAAGUGGCAUUUACAGCUUUCGUGUUCAUGGUGAAAUGUAUUAUAGCGUAGACACAAUACUUCCUGAUAAUGAAGUUCACCCUCAGUUUGCUCAAAUAUAUGUGUAUGAUACUGAGCAUGAAUUGCAAAACAGAAUGAAUGUAAUGCCUAAUCUUGACCUUGUAUCAACACACUAUGUUGUUGUACCAUUUCUUAUUAAACCUUCUAACCAAAACCUUAUGAUAUCUGAAAACAAUAAUGAAGAAGAUGAAUAUGAAGAUAGCAAUACUAUUGAAGACGCUGGUACUGAGGCUAAUGAUUGUGAUGAUUAA